GGGGUUUGUCUUUAUCAGUGAGACAGCGCCCCAGUUGGAUAACUGUGAAAGACCGUGUAGCCGACUGCGCGCUCCUCAACCGCCACAGUUUGUACACACACAUUCGGACACACACUGCCUGACACACACUGCCUGACACUCACGCGCACUCUCAGUGAAACCGUCUCCCCGGGACCAGCACGCACGCACAAUCUCUCGUCUAUCACAGCGCAUCGCGCACCACUGCGGUAAGACGAGAAGGCAGGCAGCGAAGCCCUGACACUCACUUGUUUCAACACUCGGCAUUCCAGGUAGUGCGUCUGCGACUCUCCGGAAAAUAAGAGGACUUACCACCACCAAUCGAGGAGGUAUAAAACCACGAGGCUACUACCACUCAGAGACUAGCCAUACUGCUCGUGAAAAGUUAUUAAUCGUCUUGAUUUCCCCACCUUGGAAGUGAAACCUGCUGUUUGAAAGAGGAUGAGACCGUUACUCGUAUCCAUCGUCCUCUGCUUGAGCGCUUCUGUCCCACAUUUUGUGAAAGGGGAAGUUUACGAGCCCAAUCCCUGCGAGAAUGGGGCUGCCUGCCUCAAUGUUCUGGCUGACGAAUCCUUCUCAUCAGCAGAUGGUGAGGAGGAGACGACUUCAGCAGGACCUUGCCAACCGAACCCAUGCCACAACAGAGGAAUAUGUGAAAUCAGUGAAACCUACAGAGGCGACACGUUCAUAGGUUACGUCUGCAAAUGUCCAACCGGCUUCAACGGGAUCCACUGCCAACACAAUGUUAACGAAUGCGAGAAAGAACCGUGUAAAAAUGGGGGCAUCUGCACAGAUCUGGUUGCCAAUUACUCUUGUGAAUGCCCUGGGGAGUACAUGGGAAGGAACUGCCAAUACAAAUGCUCUGGAUCACUGGGCAUGGAGGGGGGUAUCAUCUCCAACCAGCAGAUAACAGCCUCGUCCACCCACCGUGCUCUGUUCGGCCUGCAGAAAUGGUACCCCUACUUUGCACGGCUCAACAAGAAGGGCCUGGUCAACGCCUGGACAGCUGCCGAGAACGACAGAUGGCCCUGGAUCCAGAUUAACCUACAGAGGAGGAUGCGGGUCACAGGACUAAUUACCCAGGGUGCAAAGCGUAUCGGCAGCCCAGAGUACGUCAAGUCUUACAAAGUGGCCUCCAGUGACGAUGGCAAGACCUGGAGGACAUACAAAGUCAAGGGCACAGAUGAGGACAUGAUAUUCCGUGGAAAUGUGGAGAACAACGCUCCUUCUGCCAACUCCUUCACCCCUCCCAUUGAAGCACAGUACGUGCGCAUCUACCCCCAGGUCUGUAGGAGACACUGCACCCUGCGCAUGGAGCUGCUCGGCUGUGAGCUCACAGGCUGCUCUGAGCCCAUGGGGAUGAAGUCUGGCCACAUCCAGGACUACCAGGUCACAGCGUCCAGCCUCUUUAGAACACUCAACAUGGACAUGUUCACCUGGGAGCCCGGCAAGGCCCGUCUUGACAAACAGGGCAAGGUCAAUGCCUGGACGUCUGGACACAGUGACCAAUCCCAGUGGCUACAGGUUGACAUGCUCCUGCCUACUAAAAUCACCGGCAUCAUCACCCAGGGGGCCAAGGACUUUGGCCAUGUCCAGUUCGUCGGCUCCUACAAGGUGGCCUACAGCAACGAUGGAGAGAGGUGGCUCGUCUAUCAAGAUGAAAAACAGAGGAAGGACAAGGUGUUCCAAGGAAACUUUGACAAUGACACGCACAGAAAGAAUGUGAUAGAUCCGCCCAUCUACGCCAGAUUUGUCCGGAUCCUUCCAUGGUCGUGGUACGGAAGGAUCACUUUGCGUGCAGAGUUACUGGGAUGCACAGAGGAAGAGUGACCACCCUUCCCCCUCAUCUGUCCACCUGUCCCCCUCUCCCCCCUUUAAUACUGGAUCAUCUAACCCAGAUUCAGUGUUUCAAUAUAAACUGUGCAACCUGUGAAAAAAAUAAAUCAUUUUCCAAUGGAUUUUUCAAGAAUAUGUGUUUGGUUAUGGUGGGUUGCUGUUUGAUUUAAACCUGCCCUUGUCCUGAUUUUGUCCCUUUCUGUUUUCUUAUUUUUGUGGUCAUGGGGGGGGGGGGGGGGGCUGAGUGCGGAGAGGGGAGUCACACUGUGGUUUAAACAUAUUGCCCUGGAAGCUACUGCACAGUGUCACUUUUUUAACAAAGAAAGACAGGUUUCAUGUUAUCAUGCUUCAUUGGACAUUGUUAUCCCCACUGAAACUUAUUUUGGAACUAUCCCAAAAAUCAUUAAACUAUCGCAACUGAAUUACGACAGUGACAGAUAUAUAUUUACUUUGGAUUAUAACACCUCUUCAAGCCAGGCUUUUAACAUUACUAACACUGACAUUGUAGAGCAAAUACAAUACAAUGGCAAUGCUCAAUGCUGUUGAAUUAAAUGUAAAACACGAAAUAAUCGCAUGGUGCAUAAAUUAUGAUAUUAAAAGUUUGACAUAAAACUCCUUCCCUAAGAGCAAUUGCUUUGGUUUGGUUUAACGUGCAUUUCUCAAUAGUUCUGAUACACACUGCAAAAGCUUAAAAGUGAUCUACUAGAUGAGUAACAAGGACAAAAGUGGCACUGCAGUAUAGAUACGGAGGUUGAUGGGCUGACUGACUGAAGUGUGUCCAAAUAUUCUUGAAUUUUCUAUCUCAUCUUUAAUUUAUUUAAAUGUAAUUAGCAUUUAAAUUUUGUGUUUGAAAGAUAUCUUCUUGGAAUGUCACAUUUAUAGAAUUGUAUACAUUGUUUAGUUUUAGUUUAUUUUCUCUGCUUUUGUAUUCUGGUGCCCAAUCCUCCUUUUGCCUUUACAAUAUCAUUUUUAAUCAACGUGAAAAGCUCAGGAUAGAAGUCACCCAUCCAUACCCACACAAAGAGUAAGCCCUCCUUUGAAUAAUAAUAUUUGACAAAAUUUUGUGUGUACAGACAUUACCAUGCUAAUGAAAUAAAUCAAAUUAUAUUAAAAAUCUAUCACACAAAUAGCUUUCUAUUCAUGCGUUUUCACAAGAGUAUAAAUACAUGUAAGAACUUUGAAUAUUUAAAUAUCUGUACAAUUAACAUUAUCAGUUAUUAAAGUAUGUCACUGUAUUUCAGUGUUGCAUUUGAAAGUAUCAUGACAUGCAUCAUGAAAGUCUAAUAUUUCUUAGAUCCAUGGACACAGCAUUAGCAUCAUGUCAUGCAACUCACUUUUUAUAAUGGAUAUAUUUGGCUGUGCAUAAUGGUUUUUAUUUAAUUUUGUAAUAUCUUGGCUUUUGAUCAAGCUAUUUGUGAGUAUAUCUUGUCAUGAAGUUUCUGUGUCCAUGACGUUGUCUGUGUGCCCUUUUCACACAAUGGGAUCGUUACUAACCAACGGAGAUGUCAGCAUGACAUACAGUGGGGAGAACAAGUAUUUGAUACACUGCCGGUUUUGCAGGUUUUCCUACUUACAAAGCAUGUAGAGGUCUGUAAUUGUUAUCAUAGGUACACUUCAACUGUGAGA